CUGAGCUCGCAGACCCCAUGCCGAAGAACCCGUCCUCCAACGGAGCUAUGGACGUCACGAGCCCGAAGCGGGCCCGCACGCAGGGCGGCGCGAGCGCCAAGGGCAAGAAGGUCCUCAUCUCGGACCCGAUCGAGCAGGUGUGCGUGGACAUCCUGCAAAAGGCGGGCGUCGUGGUCGAUUGCAAGUCCAAGGUCCCGCCCGCCGAGCUCAAGAAGAUCAUCGGCGAGUACGACGGCCUGAUCGUCCGCUCAGGCACCACCGUCACGGCGGAGAUCAUCGAGUCGGCGCACAAGAUGACGGCGAUCGGGCGGGCGGGGACGGGCGUCGACAACAUCGACUGCGUCGCCGCCACCAAGAAGGGCAUCAUCGUCAUGAACACGCCCGGCGGCAACACCGUCUCCGCCGCUGAGCACACGUGCGCCCUCAUCGCCUCGCUCGCUCGCAACGUUGCGCAGGGCGACGCGUCGAUGAAGGCGCGCAAGUGGGACCGGAAGAAGUACAUGGGCGUCGAGCUCUCCGGCAAGACGCUCGGCGUGCUCGGCCUCGGCCGCGUCGGCCGCGAGGUGAUCUCUCGCAUGCAGUCGUACGGGAUGGACGUUAUCGGGUACGACCCCUUCUUCCCUCCCGACGCCUCGCGCAAGCUCAACAUCGAGCCGGUCUCCGCCGCCGACUGCAUGGCGCGCGCCGACUUCCUCACCGUCCACGUGCCGCUGCUCGACGACACAAAGGACAUGAUCAACAAGACGUCGAUCGCGACGAUGAAGCCGGGUCCGUCAUCAACAAGGAGGACCUGGCCGCGCUGCAGUCGGGACACGUCCACGACACGUCCACGACACGUCCCUCAGGCGGACCUGCUCGCCGCGCUGCAGUCGGGCCACGUCGCCGGCGCCGCGGUGGACGUGUUCGAGUCGGAGCCGCCGGCGGAGCACGAGUGGGCGCUGAUUGAGCACCCCAAGCUUGUCGCGACGCCGCACCUCGGCGCCGUCCUCCCGGCGUGGACAGGCGCCUCGACGCUCGAGGCGCAGGGCAAGGUCGCCGAGGAGAUCGCAAACUCGCUCGUCGCCGCCUUUGCCGAGCAGCCGGUCGUCGGCGUCGUCAACGCGCCCAACCUGACCCUCUCGCAGAAGCCGGAGCUGAAGCCGUGGACGGCGCUUGCAACGUCCCUCGGCAAGCUGCUCGCGCAGGUCAACAAGGCGGCGGUCACCUCGCUGCAGGUGCAGGUGUCGGGCAAGGUG